AUGGGUGGCUAUUUACUCUCUUCCUGGAAGAAAGCUUUUCCUCCAUCUUCAAACUUGAGGACUGACUUUGAUUAUUUAAGUGGCACAUGGAGGAAGUCCAUGUACGCAGAAGAUGAAAAAUCUGAGCUGCAGAGCAGUAGGGCCUUUUUAGUUGCUGUUGUAAUAGUAGUAGAAGGACAGAAAGGGCUACUGGGAGAGUGCAAAUUACUCCUGAAACGUAAAGACAAGUAUGACAUGCACUGGGAAAAAAGAACCAAAAAACUGGAGAUUGUCGGCAAAACCUACAAGAACAGCCUUCUUCUAAUCCUCUUUACUCCCGUAGCUCCCCUUAAAGGGCGAAUGAUGGCUAAGAUUCCUUCCUCAGCAGCUGACACUAGUGAUACCUAUAACACCUCAGAAUACUGGAAGCCAAUAUCAUCAGACAAUGUCUUUCUACCUAAUUUCACCUUUCCAUUUGCCUUUGGCCAAAGGGCUACUGACUAUGCCCUGAAUGGUGUUCUGAUUGUUGUUCUCAUCAUUGUCAUGAUAUCACUGGGUUGUACCAUGGAGAUAUCCAAGAUCAAGGCUCAUUUCUGGAAACCCAAAGGGGUAGCUAUUGCUGUGGUAGCCCAGUAUGGAGUCAUGCCCUUGACAGCAUUUGGCCUGGGUAAGUUCUUCCAGCUGAACCCUGUUGAGGCAUUGGCUGUACUCAUCUGUGGCUGUUGCCCAGGAGGAAAUCUCUCCAACGUAUUCAGUCUGGCAUCAAAAGGAGACAUGAACCUCAGCAUUGUGAUGACAGCAUGCUCAACACUCUUGGCCCUUGGUCUGAUGCCUCUUCUGUUGUAUCUCUACACUAAAGGCUUAUACCACGGUAAUCUGGAGAGCAAAGUGCCUUACAAAGGAAUUGUUAUUUCCCUGGUCAUGACACUUAUCCCCUGUGCUCUGGGCAUCUUCUUAAAUGAAAAGAAGCCUCAGUGUGCUCGCCUCCUUGUUAAGGCAGGUAUGAUUAUUCUGCUUCUAUCAUCUAUCCCAAUAAUUGCUCUGUCAGUGAUCAAUGUUGGAAGAAGCAUAUUGAUCGUCUUCUCUCCACGCCUGCUGGGAACAUCUGCUUUAAUGCCGUUUAUUGGCUUCUCCUUGGGCUAAACCCUAUCUGCAUUGUUCAACCUCAGUGAUCAGUGCAGGAGGACAAUCUGCAUGGAGACUGGCUGCCAAAAUGUGCAGCUCUGUUCCACCAUUCUCAAGCUGGCUUUUGCCCCUGAAGUUAUUGGACCCCUCUUCAUCUUUCCUCUUCUGUAUAUCAUAUUUCAACUGGGAGAAGGGCUCCUCCUUGUUGUGAUCUUCAGAAAUACAAAACAGAAGGAUUCAUCAAAAACCAUCGACAUAAUUGUGGACAACGCUGAAUUGGAAAUCAACCAUGCAGCAGAGGUCAUAGUAAAGGAAGGGAAUGCUAAGGAAACCUGA